CUGUUGUUUCAAGCUCAGCUGUCCAAAAAAAAGUUCUCCACACCAAUCGGAGAGUCAGAUGGGUGGGCAGCUGAAAGUUUCAUAGUUCCCUCCCUUUAAGAAGUCAGAUUCAGGUUGCUGUUGUCUCACAGACAGCUAUGGGAGAAGGACGUGAGGGCAGUACGGAUUCCUGAUGCAUUGUGCGCUCACAGAGAGUGACAACAGAUCAUUUGUAGCUUCCCUCUCGUGGAUGAAGAAUUACUGCGGCAGUCUACACAUGAGUGCUGAUAUGUCACCCGCUUUGGCUUGGCAGUUUUGGAUGUGACAAAGUGCAAAACUUAUUACUUCUGGGGAAGGAGAGGAAUCCACAACAAGGCUGGAGAGACACACAACGAGGAGCUUCAGAAGAAGAACGGACGAGAGGUAAAAAGAAGCAGAAGCGGAGUGGAGACAGACAUUGAGAGAGGAAAGCACAGGAGAUAUUCUAAGGAGUAAAGACAGAGUCAAACAGUGCAAAAGAGAAGACAGUAGAAAAACGUGGCCAAGCAUGAGAGAGGAGGAGCCCUCCAGUGAUGACCACCCUGAGGGAGGGGUGCUUUCUAAUGAGGACAACACGGGGAAACCACCCUCCAACGCCUGUCCUGUGGUCGUACCUACACCAGGAGUCAACGGACGAAAACGACAGACCGGCUCACAUACGGUCGAUCACAUCACCACAAUAACCCCCGCAACAUCAGCAGACAUCAAGGACAAGCCGGGGGACAACAUCCACAUCCACACCCUUACUGGGCCCAAACGGAUUAAGAAGAGUCCCCAACACCGCUCCCCUUCCUCAGGUCAGUCCCUGUCUCCUGAUCCUGGUCAAAGUCCUGGAAGCCUGGAAGCCCUCGAAGAUCCACACGGCCAGCGAGUGAUCGCCAACAUCCGGGAGCGCCAGCGGACACAAUCUCUAAACGACGCCUUCUCCUCCUUACGUAAAAUAAUUCCAACUCUUCCCUCCGACAAACUGAGCAAGAUCCAGACUCUGAAGCUGGCUUCACGCUACAUCGACUUUCUGUAUCAGGUUCUGCAGAGCGAUGAGAUGGACUCCAAGUUGGCUGGAUGUAACUACCUGGCCCAUGAGAGACUCAGCUACGCCUUCUCCGUCUGGAGGAUGGAGGGGGCCUGGUCGAGCAUGUCUGCUGGACACUAACACAACCUGACAGCAAGGUUUGUCUUCUGAUGAAUCCCUCAUGACCUGAAAUAUUCUCACUUGAUUUGGAGGGCUGAGGAGAUGUCUGAACUGAGUCUGCUCACCAGGGCAACAACAUAAUUUAAUGCCUCAUUAUAGAUCAUCUAAAUGCAUCAUUGACAAUGGACAGACUUUCUGAUGCUUGAUGAAAGAGAGAACCACUACUCCUCAAAGGAAAUGUACUUUUGAGGUUGUCAUGCUUCAUAUCAAAUGUAAAAAAUGGAUCCUUGUUCUUGUCAAAAGCAGCUUUUAACACUCAUGAGUGCAGAUGUUGGGGUAGGGAGACUUAUUAAAACAGGGAAACUGUUAUUCCUGGACUUUUGUACUUUUUCAAUGAACAGUACAUCCAACAGGACAUCGUCAAUCAACAUUCAGUCAAGCCAACAACCCCGUGUUAAGGAUGCCUUUCUUCCAUUUGACAGGACUGGUCCUCCUGUUGCCCCCUGCCUCUUCACUCUCUCAGGCUCUGAGGCCUAACUUCUGCUUUUACCUUCACCAUCAACCUUCAUUUUAUCACCUAAACUGUCAUCAAUUUCACCCCCAUCCUUACUUUUUGCAUCAUGCAUGCUUUAAACAAAAACAUAUUCCCGUGUUUGUCUCGAUGAGUAAUGGUGUAUUGUUUUUAAACUGCACCAAGAGACUCGGCUAGUGUCCAGAUGAGUGACUGGAAGAACUGGAGAGACAUAUUUUAUGUUUCAAGAGAGGUUGGACCUUUGACUUUUCCAUCACCCCUCUACUCCUACUUUUCCAAGACCCUGACAUAUUUUGAAUCCCUGAUCACCUCUGAACUCGAGCAGCGGUGGAAAAAGCAGCGGUGGGCAGAAGUCAUCCUGACUUAUGUUUCUCCACUUUAUACCCAAACCAAGCCCCUUUGUUUCUUCUGGGGCCAAAAACCUCUCCUCCGCUUGAAAUUCUUUCCUCUCAUUCUGGCCCGAAUGUGCUGGCCUUGCACGAAGCCGUGAUGCAGCUUCAGCAAGCUGACGAGGAGGCGUAAUGAAAACAAACGGUCUCUAAAAGCCAUGAAUCACGUGUGUCACCAUCAAAGGAGAGGCUGAUGUGGCUCCCUGCUGGGCUCCCAUAGACCACUGGAAGUGAUGGAGGAGCUGCUGAACAAAGUGACCGCGAUCUGGCUCACACAACUCUGCCUUCGUAAAUCACCUGGACUUUAACUGAACUGAAUUUUUUUUACGUACCUCAAGUGGAGAAUAAUAUUUAAGGAUAUCAUAACUUGAUGAAGAUGCACACUGACAUGGAGAAAGAAGACCUUUCUCUGAACCAGAAAAACAAACAGGGAGCCGUCGUUUACCAAGAACAACUUGACAACCAGGUCAAAGUUGGAGCUGUACUUCUCUUUCUUCUCUGUGUCAUUACUGGUAUUUUUCCGACUGACUGUUAAAGCUAAACUUCACUGUCAGACAGUGAUUAGUGUGUUUGUGUUUUACAACAGUUUAAUGACAGAGAGGUUUUGGUUUUAUGGGAUGAUUAGUUGAAGUAUAUACAGUGUUAUGCUUGACAAAAAUGGCCGUCACUGUUACAGCUGAACUAAAUGUUCUGACAGACACAUCAGAAAGAUCAUUAUUAGUGUGAAAAAUAAAAGGCCUCAAACUAA